AUGGUUUGGCUUCUCGAUGAUCACUGGGACAAACAACACCGGUCGUACACUAUGUCGGUGGAGCAGCGGGAGCUUGCACCUCUGAAGCUUCGGGCUCACGGGGUCAACCUUGGGUGGAUGCGCUAUGAUGAGCGGUACACACCGUAUGUUAGGGAGACAGGACUUCUCCCUUUCAUUCAGUUGCCUCGGGAACCAGAAGUAGAAGGCAAGAAGAAGGAAAGAGUCGCAGCCGGUGCUACUUUCACGUGGAUUGUAUCGAACUUCAGUACUUGCCCCGAGGAUGCUAAUGAGGACACGGUGAAGACAUAUGCUCGUGUCUUGAUGUGGUACGUGAUAUCCAGGACUAUGUUUGCUGAUGGCACAUGCAAGAAUGCUCCAUGGAUGUGGCUCAAGGCGUUGACCGUCAUCGAUAGCAAAUGGAGUUGGGGUUCGGCGACACUGGCUUACUUGUAUAGACAGUUGGACGAAGCCUGUUGUAGGCUAUCUGGAGGUAUUGGUGGUUGUUUGCUCGCACUUUCCAUAUGGAGCUGGGAGCGUUUGCCGGUUGGACGACCGAAGACCGUGAAGUACGAGGAUUGGGACGACAAAGACGACCCACUAUGGCUCCCCACUUGGGCUUACAAGUGGGAUGUGUUAAAUGAGAUGACGGAUGAUCCCUCGGUCAUGUAUAAGCUAUACAGGAGCAAGCUGGACGCGAUCACGCCUGAGCAGCCACACCCGCCGGAGUGGGAGGACACGGACAUAUUGCUACACAACAACUAUCUCACAUGGUUUCUUGCAAGAACCCGUGUGGAGGUAUGCAAGCCGGCGUAUGUUGAGGAGAUUUUGGAAGAACCCACCGUUUUUGAUGAGGUAGCCCAGCACCAGUACAACGCAUUAGUCAGGAAAGGCAACUCAGUGAUCCCUUCAGCUCCAAUGAUGAACUUUGUGGUUCCUGAUGAUAUGACCUUGGGGACCUACAAGGUUCGGUCUGCAUACAAGUUAAAGCCUAGGAAGGGAAUCAAGAAAUACACACCUGAAGACUUCACCCAAAGAGGCAAAAGGACGGUUGGCACCUCGCGGAUGGUGGCUUUGGAUGUCUAUUUGGAUGACGAUGUGGAUGACGUGGAGGAACCGGAGCCGGAGCCGGAGCGGGUUCCUCUUCCUAGGAAGCUCUAUGUUGAAAUCUAUGUUGGUGGUAAUGUCGAACUUGUCGUGAUGGUCACUCUAUGUGUUGAACUCUAUGUUGGUGGUAAUGUUCAACUUGAAGCUCUUAGUAAUGUCGUGGUGGGAAUUGUUUAUAUGUCUUAG